AUGAAUAUAUCCUUACGGUGCCAUGGGCACAUGCUGAGGAGGUAUAUACUGAUCAUACCCACACUGGCCGUAGGGUCGCUUGCAAUUGGUUCGAAGGCUUCAGAAACGGAAUUUACUACAAAAUUGGAUCAAGUUAACGAACUCAAUCUGCCACAAUUCAAAGCUGUCGGGCAGCCUCCAUCCGUUCUUGCGGUCCAUGGGACGCCAUCUGUUCCUUUGUAUAUUAAAAAGGGCAGCAUCAUGUCCAUAUACGGUGUACAGGGAGCAUUAUUAGACAAUAUCAGUUCUCGGCUCUCGCUUUUCGCUCCAAUAAGAAGUUUCUUCAUGGGGAAUCAUAAUAGUGCCUACCAGAGAGUUGUGUCCACAUCACCAUUUUCGCUACUUAUAUCUUCGACAUCUAAAAAGCUUUUUGGCCGUCUGGCGCAAAAGACCUUUGCGGUAAUGAAUCUCGAAGGUACUCAGGAUUGGGCUAUCAUCAAUAACAACGCUAUUCAUGCUUACUUUGGGACCUCACUUAUCCGGAGACUCCAUCUCAUUCCAAGAAAGAUCUCUAAGAGGUUUGCCAAAGCUAGCGGUCUUCCUCUUCCAACCAACACCGGUUUGUUCAAAUGGUAUAGACCUGGCUACACGCUCUUGAGUGGACGAGGGACGGUUGCAUUAGUUGGAGGAGGAAAUAUCUACAACGUCCACUUGGAGGACGGAGAGCAAGCUGUGGUUAGCAAAAACAAUCUUUUAGGGCUUACUGUAAAUGGUCCUCAUGACAUACAAAAUUCGGUUUUUCAGUAUCGCUCGAAUUUAAAACUGAAUGAUUUGACGAUUGCCGGAGAGAAGAAGAAGAUAAAUCCAUUCGAAUCAUUUUCUCAUUUUAUGCUGUACUUACAGAUGAUAACAGUAAGUGGCUUCAACUUCCUCAAGGACUCUAUUUCAAGAUCAGUCCGGUAUAUCGAAGGCACUGGAGAUUUUGUUGUAGUGACCGGACCAAGAGAUUUACUUUUGCAAUCCGGUGUCCCACAAUCUAAUCUUCUCAAUCGAGCAGCUCCAGAUCAAUUUACUCAGUCAAGCAUAACUCCAAAAGAAACUACUGCUGAUUUCUUGAACUAUGUCACUAUUGAUAAAGGUAAAACCAAAAUCGAGAGCACUCCAGACUUCCGCAAAAGACAAUGA